UAAGAUUUGACGUUCUAUUAUCUGUGAUUUCUGUGAACUCGAACUGUGAAGUAAAGCUUUGUAUUUUGUAUUUUAUUUAUUACCGUAUUACAAAUAAUUAAUAAAGACGCGCCACGUAUGAAGUUAUGAUAUAGACAAUAAUAACAUAGUUAAUUGUACUUAUAACAGUGUUUUAAUAUUUAAACAAGUUGGGUAAAGCAUUUACAAUAUAAUACAAUAAAAUGAAUAGCUCUGAUAAGAAAUUGGGGGAGAUACGUGCACUUAUACUCGUUGGUGGCUAUGGGACCCGUCUUAGACCAUUGACUUUAAGUAGACCUAAGCCGCUAGUGGAAUUUGCCAAUAAACCAAUAUUAAUGCAUCAAAUUGAAGCAUUGGUGGAUGCUGGAGUGACGCAAGUAAUUCUUGCUGUUUCAUACAGAGCUGAGGAUAUGGAAAAAGAGCUUACAGAGCAAGUAUCGAAACUCGGAGUAUCACUUACCUUUUCUCAUGAGACAGAACCACUUGGCACAGCAGGACCUCUUGCACUUGCUCGUGAUCUGCUCAGUGCCAGUCCUGAGCCAUUCUUUGUAUUAAACUCUGAUGUGAUCUGUGAAUUUCCAUUUAAAGAGCUGGCCAAAUUUCACAGGAGCCAUGGAAAGGAAGGAACAAUAGUAGUAACAAAAGUAAAAGAACCUUCCAAGUAUGGAGUAGUUGUAUACAAGGAUGAUGGAGAAAUUGAAAACUUUGUUGAGAAACCACAGGAAUUCAUUUCUAAUAAAAUCAAUGCAGGAAUGUACAUUCUUAAUCCAUCAAUACUGGACAGAAUUGAGUUAUGUCCAACAUCAAUUGAGAAAGAGGUAUUUCCUUUCAUGGCAAAGGAUGGUCAGCUUUAUGCUAUGGAAUUAGAAGGAUUUUGGAUGGAUGUCGGACAGCCAAAAGAUUUUCUAACCGGUAUGUGCCUAUACUUAACCAGCUUACGCCAAAAGAAUUCCAACAUGUUACACGAAGGCGACGGAGUUGUAGGCAAUGUAAUUAUUGACCCUACGGCAACUAUUGGAAAAGGUUGUAGGAUAGGACCGAACGUUACAAUUGGGCCGAAUGUUGUCAUUGAAGAUGGUGCGUGUAUAAAGCGUAGUACUAUUCUCCGCGGCGCGUGCGUCCGCCAGCACGCCUGGCUCGACGGGUGCAUCGUUGGCUGGAAGUCAGUCGUCGGCCGAUGGGUUAGGAUGGAGAACACCACAGUGCUCGGCGAAGACGUAAUAGUCAAGGAUGAAUUAUACAUCAACGGUGGUCAGGUUCUUCCCCAUAAAUCUAUCGCCUUAUCUGUUCCCGAGCCACAGAUAAUAAUGUAAUUAUAAGGUGUUUUUUUUUUUAUUGAUAUAAAUUUCUGUCGUUUAUACGACAGAAUUUUUUACUAUUUAGGCUAAAAAUAUCUAAAAAUUUAGAUAUCAUUGUAUUUAUUAUACAGCUAUUUUAUAAAUCCAGGUAAAAUAUUGAACACCAGUGCAAUAGUAAUAUAUAAAAUAUAGGA